CCACCAGCCUCACCACAUCACCGACCCCUGGACUUUCAACCAGCCUCACCACAUCACCGACCCCUGGGCUCUCAACCACUGAUAUCAUCAUAACGGGGACCACAAGCAUGGGUACUGAUGUGACUGAUGAUAAUCCAAACCCCAGCAAUGUUACAGUCACAGCUGGAGAAUUUAUAACCUUGCUUACAAAUAACUAUACCAGUGUCACAUCAUCCCCUAUCACACACACUGACCCCUAUCACUUACUCAAUUCUACUACAUUAAGUUAUGAUAGUACAGUGUUCAGAUCAACACAGGAAAUGGCCAGUGACGAGACCAAGACUGAGUCCACGCUACAUUCAGUGAAUCCUGAGGACACUGUAUCGACCAGCACCUUGGGAAACCUUACAGAAAACUAUGAAAGUCCAACUACAAGACUGAACACCGAAAAUGGAAUUGUAGAUGAAGAUGCUGCACGGACUCAUCUGUUGUUGUUAAUCAUGGUGCCGAUGUUUAUAUUGAUCAUCGUGGCUGGCCUCCUCUACAGGAGACACCUUAUAAAGGAGAGGAUGGAUCUGCCGCCGCCGUUCAAACCCCCUCCUCCUCCAGUCAAGUAUACAACUGUAAGAUGCCACGAGACUCCAGUAAAGCAAUUUGCCAUUUCAAGGUGCAACUCAGAAUCUGAAUCACAUAUUUUAAUGAAUUCUCCCUGAAAUAUUGCACAAUGAUGGAUGACAAAUUGUGUGCAUGCAGUAACAGAGCUUUAGCUGCUGUAUCCAGUAUUGUUACAUGCAGAAUUACAAUGUAUUGCUUUCAGUUGGGGUCAGUUUCAAACUGCAGCUGCAGGGAACUGAGCUAACGUGGGCCGGGUGUAUACCUGGGGCUUCUGGGGAAGGGUUCUAUGCUACUGUAUAUAAAAAAGAUUUAUGAUUUGCUUUCACUUGAAAUUUGGUUUAAUUUGACUCUGAAUUGACUUGGAACUAUUACACAGCAGGUGCUUGUCUUGACUACUUUUUUGAAAUUGUUGCAGUAUCAACCAUUCAUUUGGAUCUGAAAUCCUAGCUAUUAUAUCUUGUGCAGCAGUAAUAUUUGCAAGGAAAUAAAACUAUACAGCUAAUUUACUCCAAGAUCUGAACCUUCUGCUUUAAAUCUGUAAUUCUGGCUUUCUGUUAAGACUGAAUAAAGAUUUUCUCUACUGGUUUAGUGUGA